AUGCAGCGCUCUGCAAACCCGCUCCUCAGGCAUGUAAUUCGCAGGGGCUUCUUUGAUGCUGCUUCAAAAAGGCAAUGUUUGCAGUAUUUAACAGCUCUGAGGACACUGCAGUUUCAGGGUUUCAACACUGUUUUUUUAGGGGAAACAGAUAUUCCAGAAAGUCUUGUCACAGGAGAAAGAACAGCUGAGGAGGCCAGCCCACGCUGGCCAGUAUGGACAAUUGUUCACACUGGCAGCAGCCAAGGGUGGGUGCCCUGGAGGUAGAAACUGCUAUUAAGAGGCGAUCUGCCCAUCUGCCAGCAGAACGGGAUCUUUCAGGAGUUGUGUGACUCUCUGACCAGCUCCUAUGGGAAGUGUGUAAUUGUGACGAGGGACAAAAGGCAGCCGAUGCCUGUGGAGGUGAAAGAUGGCACGGAGACGGGAACUCUGCUGCCAGCCCCACCAGCAACCUACACAUCCAGCACUGAGUGUUGUCCCAAAGUUGCUAGAGCCAAUGGCCAUGAACUUCUUGUUGUGCCUUCGUCUUACAACUAUCUCUGUCCCAUGGAUGUCGCCUGGUCCUGUUUGAAAUGGUUUAUGAUAAACAACAGGCAGGACUUUGCCCUGAGGUCUAUUGAGAGAACCCACUCCUACAGGUGCAUCCUCUUCAGUGACUUGAUUGUUGAAGGAAUAGUGAAGAUGACCCCAGACACAUGGAAGAUAGUGAUUAACAGAGUGAAGAGAUGGGAGAACCACUACUUUGCCACACUUUCUUAA